CAUUCAUUCAUUCAAUGGCGGCCAUUGUGGUUUACUUUGUUUUGUCAAAUUGUGAAAAAAUUAAAUCUUAAUUUUUGUCUGUUUAUUGAUAAAACCUAGCUUCUUAUACUUCCCUUGUAUGAAGACGGUGCUAUUAGCGUUAUAAAUAUUUGUUUAUAUGAUAAGUAUAGUGUUAUAAGUAGUUAUAAUGUCUGAAGUUGAAGAGUUCAACCAGCAAAAGCCUGCAAAGACGGGCAAGCAACAUAACAUAUUACCAAUAUGGGGUAAUGAACAGACUAUGAACCUGAACCCACUAAUAUUAGCAAAUAUUCAGGGCUCUAGCUACUUCAAAGUGCACCUAUUCAAGCUGAAGACAUACCACGAGGUGGUUGACGAGAUCUACUACCAGGUGAAGCACCUGGAGCCCUGGGAGAGGGGCAGCCGCAAGACUGCCGGCCAGACGGGCAUGUGUGGCGGCGUACGCGGCGUAGGCGCGGGCGGUAUCGUGUCCACAGCAUUCUGCCUGUUGUACAAAUUGUACACAUUGCGUCUCACGCGCAAGCAGGUAAACGGCCUGCUGCAGCACUCCGACUCACCCUACAUCAGAGCACUCGGAUUCAUGUACAUCCGCUACACACAGCCCCCAGCAGACCUUUUCGACUGGUACGCAGACUACCUAGACGAUGAAGAGGAGGUAGACCCUCGCGCCGGGGGCGGAGGCUCCACCACCAUCGGUGCCCUGGUGAGACAGAUGCUCAUCAAACUGGACUGGUUCAGCACUCUCUUCCCCAGGAUACCAGUACCCAUCCAGAAGCAGAUUGAACAGAAGCUAGGGGAACACAACAGGCAGUCAGCAGCUAACAAGCCAGCUGCGAACUACCGCGGCGGCGGCGGCGGCGCCAGCAACGGCGGGAAUAGCGCGGGCGGGGGCGGAGGCAACGUGGGUCCCGCUCCCUACAACCCCGGCAGAAUGGACGCCGACCGGAGGGAGCACGAUGACCGAGACAGACGUGAUUAUGGCGACAAUGACAGGUACCCAAAAGACAGAACGAGACGUGACGACCGCGACAACAGGGACCGUGAUCGUGAUCGCGAUCGCGACAGAGACCGCGAUCGUGACCGUGGUGACCGCGAUCGAGACCGUCGCGAUCGGGACCGCCGCGAUCGCCACCGCGAGAAGUCCCGAUCACGCGAUCGACAGCGCCACCGGUCAAGAUCCAGAGAUCGCCGCUUCAGAUAAUGUUCAGCUUAACAUAGAUGGUUAUAAUUGUGUCUUUAUGAAUGAAUAAUAAUGAUGUUCUUGA